AUGAUGCAGGGGCCAGUGAUGUACAAGGGAGCGAAGUCCCUGGACCCAGACAGAAAGAAAUCCCUCGAGGAGGCCCUGCAGUGGCUGGACUCCUUCAUCCAGUCCUCGGGAGGAUGCUGCGCGGCGGAUCACCUCACCAUCGCCGAUUAUGCCAUCUUCCCGGUGUUGAACUGCAUCCAGGCCAUGGAAGUCGCAGACCUGUCGGCCUUCGGGAACAUCGCGGACUGGAUGGAGAAAUGCAAGGCGGAGAUGAAGGGCUACGAGGAGAUCGAGGAGAAGGUCCUGCCGGCCAUCAAGCAGGGAUUCCUCUUCCAACUCGGCUGAAGCAACCGCCGACCCCACUCACAUCCCCGAAUAUAUCUGAUCCCAAUAUUGAAAAAAAGGGAAAAUACAGAAC